AUGUCUUCAAGAGGGUCUAUGGAUUUUCUUCUAGCUCCUACUCUGGAGGAGUUUGCUCAUAUUGUCUGUUUUCCAGUUAGAGAUCAAGUUCCUUACAUGGGUACUGUUGGAUUUCUAGAGGUUGCUUUGGUUGCUAAAACUCUCCGUCUCAAGAAAAAUGUGGUUGAAUCUAAUCUUCGUGCAAAGGGGAACAUCAUAGGUUUUACUUCAAAAUUUCUUUUUGAGAAGGCCACUUUGUUUGCUAGUAGUGGAAGUUGGGAUUCCUUCUAUGUUGUUUUUUCUCUCCUUAUUUAUGGGUUGAUAUUUUUUCCAAAUAUUGAAGAGUUCGUCAAUAAAACCACUGUUACUAUUUUCAUCUCCAGAAAUUUGGUGUCAACUCUCUUAGCUGAUGUAUUCUUUUCUUUCCAUUGGAGAAACCAGAAAAGAGGUGGGACGAUUAAUUGUUGCAUUCCUUUGCUUUACAAGUGGAUUUUGACUCACUUUCCAAGAAGAAGACCUUUUGUAAACAACAUUGGAGCUUUGAAGUGGUCUCAUAGGUUGAUGUCUUUGGAUGCUGAGAAUGUUAUUUUGUAUUAUCGUGACUAUGAUGGGGUGGAGCCUAUUUACAAUUGUGGAGAUUUCCAUAAUGUUCCUCUUGUUAGUUACAAAGGUGGAGUCAUCAAUUACAAUCCUGUUCUUUCACUUUGUCAAUUGGGUUAUAUGUUGAAGGAAAAGCCCGAAGCCAAUCUGUUAGAGGAGUUGAAGGGGUUGAUAAUGCAGAUAUGA